ACAGUGACAGACGAACGGUUAUCAAUAUCAUCAUCUUUCAGAAUUCAGAGUUUCAACUCUAUCAAUCAGUAGUAGCAGCAGCAGCUCCGCGCCUAUAAUGCCAACAAUUUAAUCCCCCAACAUAUUUUGAUCUUUCAAUUCUUCUGGCAAUUCUUUGUUUACAUGCUUCUUUGCCGGUGUUCCUCCACCCUAAAACCCUAGCUGCGACAGAUUUCGGAAGGGUUUUCCUCUUUUUUCCCCGAUCGAGAACCGCGCGGGAAAUGGCGGUAACCGAGGAGGAAGAUUCGGUGCCUUCGUCGCCGUCUUCUUCCUCGUCGUCCUCUUGGCCGGUGAGUGGCAGGAGGUUCGGAUUCGACUCCUCCGCCUCCCCUUCCUACUCAUCCUACCUUUCCAAGACUGUUCUCCGCAGCAGCGUCGUUCUUCACCUCCUCCGUGGCCAUAUCCGUUCUCCUUCCUCCAACGACGUCGUCCUCGGCAAGGAAACCUCCAUAGAGUUGGUGAUUAUCGAUGAAGAUGGAACAAUGCAAUCUGUUUGUGAGCAACCUGUUUUUGGCACCAUUAAAGACAUGGCUAUUCUCCCUUGGAAUGAUCGGUUCCAGGCACGGAGCCCUAAGAUCACUGGGAAAGACAUUCUAAUUGUUGUUUCGGAUUCUGGGAAGUUGUCCUUUCUUACUUUUAGCAGUGAAAUGCACAGGUUUCUUCCUCUGACACACAUAGAACUGGGACUCACCGGAAACUCGAGGGAUCAAAUAGGAAGGAAGCUGGCAGUUGAUUCCAAUGGCUGCUUCAUUGCCGCUAGUGCUUAUGAAGACAAAUUGGCCCUUUUGUCGGUGUCCACUUCUGGCAGUGAAAUGAUCGAUAAGAAAAUCCUUUUGCCUCUCGAGAAUGAAAGAAAAGAGAAACAUCCAAAUAUUUCUGGUACCAUAUGGAGCAUGUGUUUUAUUUCCCAAGAUCUCCGCCAACAUAAUAAGGAUUGCAACCCUAUACUAGCAGUUAUUCUGAAUAGGAGAUUGUCGCUAUAUCGCAACGAGCUUCUUUUGUUAAAAUGGAACCUUAGGGAACACACUGUGGAAACAAUAUUCCGUUAUGAUGAGGCUGGACCUCUGGCACACCAUAUAGUUGAAGUCCCGUAUUCCUUUGGGUUUGCUUUUCUUUUCAGGGGAGGUGAUGCAAUCUUAAUGGAUUUUAGGGAUGCUCAAAAUCCUAUUGUUGUCUAUAGAACUAGUUUAGAUUUUACACCAUCUUCAGAAGAGGAGCAAAAUUAUAUGGACGAAACUGGUACAAUUAGAAUACCGGAUAUUAUUGAUGAAGAUGGAAUGUACAGUGUUGCGGCUUCUGCAUUACUGGAGCUGAGUGACCGGCAUGACAGUGAUCCCAUGGCAAUCGAUGCUGAAAACUGUGUGAAACCGGGUCCCAACUAUGUUUGCUCCUGGAGCUGGGAGCCAAGGAAUGUAGACGGCAUUUCUAGGAUGAUAUUCAGUGCAGAUUCAGGCGACCUUUUUCUGUUCGAAAUCUCAUUCGAAUCUGAUGUUGUGAAAGUAAACAUGUCGGAUAGUCUUUACAAAGGUUUGCCAUCAAAUGCCUUAUUGUGGGUUGAAGGUGGGUUUGUGGCCGUCAUUGUGGAGAUGGGUGAUGGCAUGGUUUUAAAGCUAGAAGAAGGUCUACUUCGUUAUCAAAGCCCAAUUCAAAACAUCGCUCCGAUCUUAGACAUGUCAAUCGUUGAUCACCAGGAUGAGAAACACGACCAAAUUUUUGCCUGUUGUGGGAUGUCACCUGAGGGUUCUUUGCGGAUUAUACAGAGUGGUAUCAGUAUGGACAGAUUGUUAAAAACCGCCCCAAUCUAUCAAGGAAUAACUGGGACUUGGGCUAUCAAGAUGAAACGAAGUGAUUCUUAUCAUUCUUUCUUGGUUUUAUCAUUUGUUGAAGAGACAAGGGUCCUCUCUGUAGGUGUAAGCUUUUCUGAUGUGACCGAUUCAGUAGGUUUCCAGCCCAAUGUCUGCACAUUGGCAUGUGGUCUUGUGGCUGAUGGCUUACUCGUGCAAAUCCACCGCGAUGCUGUUAGACUCUGUGUGCCCAAUAGAAUUUGUCAUCCUGAAGCUAUUUCGUUAUCUUCUCCAAGUCAUUUGGAGUGGUAUCCAGAGAGUACUAGCAUAAGUCUGGGUGCUGUUGGGCAUAAUUUUAUUGUAGUGGCAACAUCAAGUCCUUGCUUCUUGUUCAUUCUUGGCAUCAGGUCGUCUUCAUCUGUUCACGGCUACGAAAUAUUUCAGAUGCAGCAAGUAAGUCUGCAGAAUGAGUUGUCAUGCAUCUCGAUACCUGUAACAAAUCUGGAGCAUGAAUCGUGGUUAGAAUACGGAAUUGAUGGACUUCCUGCUGGUAUGAAGAUUGAGAAUAUGAUUAUUGUUGGCACUCACAAACCUUCGGUGGAGAUUUUGUCAUUCUGCCCUGAAUUGGGUCUGCAAAAUCUCGUAAUUGGUGCAAUUGCUCUGACAAACAGUUCUGGGACAAUCAUUAGCGGAUGUGUCCCUCAAGAUGUAAGGCUUGUGUUAGUUGGUCGGCCUUAUCUUCUUUCUGGAUUGAGGAAUGGGAUGGUCCUUAGAUUUGAAUGGCCUCCUCCGAUUCCAGUAGCAGAGCCAGAUAUUAUGACUUCAUCCUUUGGUAUUUCAGCUUUAGCUACUGUUCCAUCUCCAACUUACAGAAGUUCUUCGGUCUCAUCUUUGUCGAAUUUAUGGGAGGACAAAAAUAGGCGGCCGCUUCAACUUCAACUAAUCGCUGUUCGUCGCAUUGGCAUUACUCCUGCUUUUCUAGUUCCGCUGAAUGAUUCCCUUCAUGCUGACAUAAUUGCUUUGAGUGACCGACCUUGGUUAUUGCACUCUGCAAGACAUAGCCUCUCAUUCACAUCCAUCUCUUUUGAACCUCCUACACAUGCCACUGCCGUGCGUUCUGUGGAUUGCCCGAAUGGGAUUUUAUUUGUUGCUGAAAGCAGUCUUCAUUUGGUGGAAAUGGUUCCAAGCAAGAGGCUUAACGUGCAGAAGUUUCAUCUAGGAGGCACCCCUAGGAAGGUUUUGUAUCACAGCGAAAGCCGAUUACUGGUUAUCCUGAGAACUGAUUUGCAGAAUGAAUCGCAUUCUUCUGAUGUCUGUUGUGUAGAUCCUCUAAGCGGAUCAAUAGUGGCGUCUUUUAAGUUUGAUCCUGAGGAGACGGGUAAAUGCAUGGAACUGAUGAAGGUUGGGCAUGAUCAAGUGUUGGUGGUGGGAACAAGCCAAUCUUGUGGGCCUCCUAUAAUGCCCUGCGGUGAAGCUGAAAGGACCAGCGGCCGUUUGAUAGUCCUAUGCCUUGAUCAUGUUACAAAUUCUGAUUCUGGUUCAACAUCAUUCAGUUCAAAGAGUUUGUCGUACUCUCAGCGAAGUUCACCAUUUCGUGAAAUUGGUAAAUACUCUACCGAGCAGUUCUCUGGUGGUAGUAUUUGUAGUAGUCCAGAUGAUAAUAGUUGCGAUGGUAUUAAACUUGAAGAAUCCGAAGCAUGGCAUUUGCGAGUAACUUGGUCAGCACCUUGGGGUGGAAUGGUACUUGCUAUCUGCACUUAUCUUGAUCGAUACUUCCUGGCUUCUGCUGGUAAUGCUUUCUAUGUUUGUAGUUUUCCUAAUGAUAACUCCCAAAGGGUGCGGCGUUUGGCAGUAGGAAGAACUCGCUUUGUGAUAACAACCUUGACUUCAUACUUCACAAGGAUUGCUGUUGGUGACUGCCGUGACGGCAUUCUCUUCUUUUCCUAUCUUGAAGAGGGGAAAAAACUUUUGCAAGUCCAUUGUGAUCCUUCCCAUAGACUAGUAGCCGACUGCAUUUUACUGGAUGUUGAUACAGCUGUUGUCACAGACCGGAAGGGGAGUAUUACUGUCUUGUCCCGGCCAGAACAUGCAGAGGGUAAUAUUAGGCUUUUCUUUUUUGUGCUUUGUCCUAUAAUCGUUGUAAUUCAUUUUGUUUAUUGGCUUUGGGAUUGUCAUCUUUCAAUAAAAUUGCGAAUUGCUGAGUUUAUACUGCCUGCAUCCUGCAUUUUUAUUUAGAUGGUACAUGUCCUUGAGAUUUCAAAUCCAUCUUUUGUCCCCAUAGCUGAGGGUUUACUCUUCUAUUAAUUUGCUUUCACAUUUUAAUUUCCAAUAGUUGAGGCUUGUGAGAUCUUAUCAUUUUUGUUGUCAUUUUACUUGAGAAAAAUAUUGAGCAAAAUAAACACAAUCUAGAUGUUAUUAAUUCAACUGAAUCUGAAAAUAUUGGCUGUUUAAUGGUUGUAUAUUUUCAACAGAUGAAAAAAGAAAUGAUAAUAAUAACAAGAAAAUUCGCCAACUACUUUGAAGGAGACUGAAGAUUCUAAUAAUACUUCAAAAUAGUUGUAGGCUUUAAAUCACUUUUCGUAGUUGAUUCAGAUUUCAGUGAACUUGUCCUGUUUUGUUAACUCUCUAUCAUGUUACAGAUAAUCCUAGUCCAGAGAGCAAUCUAGCAUUGAGUUGUUCAUAUCAUAUGGGGGAAAUUGCCAUGAGCAUCAAGAAGGUAUUUCACAAUCAAGUUAGCAGCUCUGAAGAACUGAUCUCAAAUUAAGUCCUUGUUGGGAAGUUGUCCUUAUUAACUCUGCUUUAAUCUGAAGGAUUAGGUGAUACUUAUUACAAUUAGGGAGUUUGCAAUAUCUAGCUGUUCAGGUUGAAGGCAUUACUUGUGCUUAGCAAAUUAACAUGCCAAUGUUAGGCCUGUAUCGAAAGCUACUUCUUUUUUUGUUUUUAGUAUAACAAAUUUGGAUGGAGUUUAGUUGCAAAAUAUUUAGAGUUACAAUGUAAAUGUUUUAAAAAGAUGCGUUGGAAUAUGAGAUGGUGGUUUUAAAAUGAAAAGUGUAUCCAAGGAUUUGGGCAUAGAAAUUUUUUUGGGUUUGAGCUACAAUCCAUGUAGAAGGAAAAGGGAAGAUUAUUUUUCUGACAUUUGCUAGAAUCUGACAGAGUUGAAUGCAGCAACACUAUACUAUGGUCUAUGAAGAUUCUGGACUUUGGCAUUUUCAUUGCUGUCCUGUUUAAUAAAGGACUUGUAUUUUAUUUUUCAACCUUUUGGUAUGAGCUGUUUUUGAUCUACCAUGCAGGGAUCCUUUCCAUAUAAACUCCCAGGAGAUGAUGUCUCAAGGGGCUCUGCUUUAGCUAAUGCUAUUAGUGAACUAUCUCAUAAUAGCAUUAUGGCCAGCACUUUGUUAGGGAGCAUUGUGAUCUUCAUUCCUGUUUCAAGGUAUGAAUUGCUUGCGCUGUCUUCCAUGCAUUCAAUUUCCAGCGAAACUUGAAAAUACACUCUGUUCAGCUUCUGGAUCAGUGAUGUUCCAGGCGAUACAGAUGACUAUCUUGAUCUUGGUUGUGAUUGCAAUUAGUAAUCAUAGAAAAGCCGCAGCAAAUCUUUUACAAAGUUUUUCUAGGCAGUUAUUGUUAUUCUUUUACUUUUUUUCUUGCUUGAAGGAUUAGGUUAAAAAGCUGAUUACUUUUCCGGGAGAGGGGAUUAGAUUUUGUGUGUUUGUGUUCCUCUUUUUUCUUUUUUGUUUGGGUUAAAGUUAUCAUGAGUUUGUCUCAUCUGCAGGAAAGAGUAUGAGCUCUUAGAAGCAGUGCAAGCUAGACUGGCCAUUCAUCCAUUCACGGCUCCCAUUUUGGGUAAUGACCAUAAUCACUUCCGUGGCCGGGAGAGUUUGGUAAGAGAAGUACUUUAUGUGAUGAUCCAAUUUAUAUGACUAUCCUUUAAUAUAAAUGGAUGUAGUUCAUGUAGCUAGUUAAAAUUGUUUGCACAUUAUAGGUGAAGCUGAAUUUUUCACCCUAAUACCCAUAGUUAGAUUUAAGAUGAGAUCUGUGAGGUGGACAUUGCCCCUUAACUCGGUAAUUUCCUUGCAAAAUUUGUAUGUCGCCUUGAUGUAUGGUUCACUUUUUGUCUGUCACCUUGAAGUUUGCUUCACUGUAAAAAAAAAUUUGGCUAUGAUUUGGUGCCUGGCCCCUGUAUGUGUAUUCACAGAUUUAAUUUUCCGACUCUAUUUUUCAUGUCCGCUUCUGAAGUUUGUGUAAAUGAAACAGGUUGGGACGAGGAAGAUGCUCGAUGGCGACAUGCUAGCACAAUUUUUGGAACUCACGAACAUGCAACAAGAGGCCGUGCUUGCAUUAACUCUGCCCUCCCAUAAUAAAGAAACCACCAGUUCAAAGCAUUCUCGA